UAAACCUUGGUACCAUAUCCAUCUCUAUAAUUCCACACUGAACCACCAUAUUCCUUAAAGUUACUGAGGUAGAUUGGGCUACCAAAACAUUGAUGCAACGGCCGGGAACUCGGUAAUUUUUUUUUUCUGUUCUGCCGCGACUCUGUUCUUUUUAUUAUCCGACCCGAACUUGUGCUGGAGCCAACUCGUCUCUCUCUUUUCUCUCUCUCUUUCCUUCUAGCUUUUAAUUUUUCUCCCUUUUUUUUCCCAAUUUUUGAUUUAAGUGUAUGUUUUUCUUUGUAGUUUAAUAUUGUUGUGUGUGUUCCUUGUUGUAAUAUGCAAUUUGGCUUAUGUGUGUUAGUGUUCUUGAGUGCAAUUUGUGCCCCCCCCCCUCAUAUCCCGUUCAUUUUCGUUAUAAAUUUUGCAUUUUGAUAAGUUUUCUUUAAAUUUUCAUUUUUUUUUCUUCUUCAAUUUUUAAAUUUACAUGGGUUCCACUUCCAAUUUCCAAAACGCUGCUGUAAAGUUCUUUGAAACGGUAACUGACAUCCCAGACGAAGAUCAGCCGUUUCUUGUCUGUAAAAAUUUUCAAAAUCUAACUACUGAAGAUUCAACUGAUCUUGCCAAACAAAUUAUCUCGGCUAAAGCUUCCUUACCGUCCGUAGUUUCGGACAACGCUAAAUUAGCUAUUGUUUAUUUUGUGAGUUCAAAUAAAAAUAACACCGCCGUCCCUCUCCCGUGUGUUCAAGUGUGUUCAACAACUGAGGAAAUCGCUGCAGAAGCGUCGGCCAAAUUUAAAUUGUUCAUUCCGACCCUAUUGCAAUAUUUAGACAAGCUUGGCAAAACAACUCCCCCUGUGUUCGAUCCAUUGGCUUUAUUUGCACAAAACUUUCAAAUAGUUAAAUCUCAGUUAUUGAAGAAAAUGACUCCCACACUCCCCGCUGCCUUGCAGCCCCAUCUGGCCCAAUUUGAUGAGCAUGAUGUUGCGUCUUGGUUACAAAAGGCGCGUACAAUUUAUGCAAAAUUUGGGAUCAAAGAUGCUGAUUUGCCGCUGUAUUUGGAGAGCGCGCUGCCACCGUCCGCUCUUGUCGUGCACGACGCUAACAAAGAUAAGCCGUGGGCAGAGUAUUCAGCAGCCAUCGUCGCUGCAUUCAAAUCUAAUGUCUCUUUUGACAGUGUACGCCAGCGGCUGCUGUCUCUCCGGCGCGGUGACAGUGAGACGCUGCGCGCGUACGCGCUGCGCUUCAAGCACGCGGCGCGCUCGGCGGUCAGUGUGUCGGAGGACGAUCUUUGUCGAAUUUUCUUACAGGCAAUCCCGCGUGAUGACGCGCGCCUUGUCAUGGCACAGAGGCACAGCUGCCUGCUGGACCUUGUGGACACGCUAGAAGCCGCUAUGCUCCAGCGUGACAUGCUAGGUGGGUUGGUAGACCCUGUUCAAGGGGCGCCCGCUUCUGCUGCUGUCAGCGCAGCGGCUGCCCCGGUGUCCAGUGCUAUUUCUCUCCUGGAAAAAUUUCUGGAAAAGAAGAAGGCUGAGCAGGAUCAGGCCGCUGGCCAGAAACGCCUCGAGGGUCUGCUCGCGGCCGUGUGCCUUGGCACCCCUGCACCCACUACCGAAACAGCGGCGGCCGCCGGGCAGUACCCGUUCCCUGAUGAAGUCAAAUCUCAAAUUGAAAAACUUGUUGUUGCAGCAGUUGAUGAAAAGGCCAAAACUUUUUCAGGUUCUCAAAAUUCUAAUGGACAAAACAAUUUCAGAGGCAACUUCCGGGGACGCGGUGGCAGAGGUGGCGGCUACCGUCCAAAUAAUUCUUACUAUCCACAGGCUGGCUGGCAGCAGCAGCACCCUAAUAAUUUUGGGCAUUUUCCUCAGCAACAGCACCCCAACAAUUUUGGGUAUUUUCCUCAGCAGCAGCCCCAGCCGUCACACGGCUGGAGCAACAUGCCCCAGCCCCCUCCCCCUUAUCAGCAAGGUGGCGGCGCAGCGCCGAUGGGGAGCGUUGUGCAAAUGAACGGCAUGGGCCAACAAGACCCCAGAUAUGAGCGACCGACGCGCCCUCUUAUUUGUUAUUUUUGUUCAGCGCCUGGGCACAGGCAAUCAGAAUGUGCGUUCAAAGCUAAUUUUUUAGCAAGCCAGGCCCGGCAGCAGUGAAGCCGCCGCGGCCGUGUGCUGAUGAUGUACCCAAUUGGGUUGAUUUCAAAAUUGUUCCUACACCAGCAACGGGUGAUUGUUUUUAUCUAGCUCUUAGUUAUUCUCUGUUUUCUUCCUUUAAUGCUUCAGAUUGUUUACGUAAAAUGAUUCAAAUGUACAUCUAUUCAAAUUGGCCUGAUUUCUCCCCAUUUAUUUUAGAUUUUUCUCGUGAAGAAUAUUUUUCACUUCACUGCCGCUCCGGCGUGUUUGCUACUAUGAUCCAGGUCGAAGCUGCAGCGCGCGCGCUACGUGUCCCUAUCUUCGUUCGCACCCCAGCAGCGACACACCGUUUCGGCCCCAAGGUUGCACUUGGAGUCGGCCCGCCGGUGGUUUGUUUGGAUUUCUUGCCUCCAUAUGAUAGUGGUCAUUAUCAGUGCCUCGCUCCAGUUGACAACAGGAAAGCAGUCUGGCCGCUUGUUUGCCUUUUACGCCCGGACGGAUUCUCUCGCCCCCUAGCUCUCGGCGACAAAGUGCCCCCGCUAGUUGUUCCUCCCCUCUUUCCCCCUCCCUCCGCCCACCUCUCUACAGGGUGUGCGCUGAGCCCCGAGCGGCUUCCAGCGGCGCGCUCACUUGCUGUGUCUCCCGCCCCGCGCGGCCCUGCUGGGCAGCGCGCGGUCUGUUAUCUCCGGUCCGGGACGGUCCCCGCACCGCCUCCUACUGCAGCAUCCCGCCGCGGCACGGCACGCCCGGAUGACUGGUAUCAAGUCGACAGGCGCGGGCGCUGUAUCCCCGUGCGCAGCCAGGUGGCGCCUGGCACAUGUCCUAAAGUGCAGCAGCCCAGCAGUUGGUCACCUGCCUCCUCUGUCUCUCUCUCUUCAUUGCAGGCGGAGUGCGGUACAGU